GAAGGGUGAAAAUGGCGAAAUCGAAAUUUGCAAAGUGCGCGAAAAUAUUGCUUGGUUUUGAUAUAAUAUCUGAUUGAUAAAAUAAAACAUUUACGUUUGAUGAAUUACAUGUAAAAAAAAAAUUAACUUUAUAAUAACAGUGAACUUGUCAUUCUCAUUUCACUUUAAAAUUUUAAUACUAAACGACCUUUAGGUCUGUUUGUACACAGCGGUGCGUAGUGCACUGUGGGACAGCAAUGGUGGGCGCGUGAUUUUGAACAAAUUCGAGAUAUUGAGGGAACACCCAGUGCAUAAGAACAUGUGAAGCUUUAUAUAAAAACGAUUUACAUUCUAUGAAUUUCUAACCUGUGAAUGCAUGAAAUAUAUGUUUAUAAUGAAAGACUUAGACAUCUGGAAAACCUUUUUAAUAUUUAUAAAGUUUUUUUGACAUAUAAUGAAUAUAUAUAACAAGCAUAUAUAAUACAAGGGACAUAAUCAUGUCUGUAAAUAAAGGGCAAAAUGCUAGAGCAUUGGUUGAACCAUUAGCUCUUGAUUCACGUACUCUUGGUGAUGGAGAUUUAAGUGCACUAAGUUUAUCGCAUAAUAAUGAACAAUAUUCAUCAAAUGACUUUGAAGCAUUUGCAAAUAUUCAGGCUGAAUUAGAAUGUAUGAAUGCUGAAGAAGUUAUGACAACAGAUGAAGAGCAUAUAAUAAUUGAACGUAAUAUUCAGACUGAAACCAUUGUACCUGAUGUGGAAAUGACUGAAGUUUCUGGGCAAGCUCAAGAAGAACAUAUUAUUUAUACAACAGCAAAUCAAAAUAAUCAAAAUAUUGUAUUUCAAACAAAACCAACAUUACAAAGGCUUCCUGCAUCCACAGUACAGGUAAAAUCAAAUGCUGGUCAAGUGACACAAAGUCAGUCUAUUAUGAUAGUGUCUCCUGCUGGUGGUCAAGGUACUAGCCAAAUUUUAAAAAUUUCCCAUCCAUCAACAGCAUCACAUGGUCAAUUACAAUCAUUAGCUCAGACUCUCAUAACAGCAAAAUCUGCUGAUGGUAAUAUAGUUCAGUUAAGAUCUGCACAACCUAGUAAACCGGUAAUGGCAACUAGUCAUUCAGGAAAUAUCACAUUAGGUAAUGUUCAAAAUGUAAAAACAGCUCAAUCAGCUAUAAAACGGACUGCACAGAGUACUUCUCAAAAUCGAAAUGUGUAUACAAAAAUGAUAUUAACUGGAAAUCAAGCUCAAUCAGGCCAAGUUCUUAUAACAAGUUCUCAGAAUGAAAAUCAACAAACGCAAGCAAUAAAAUUUUUAAAUAAUAGUGUAUCAAGCCAAGAUGUUACAAGUCCAACAAAAACUAUAACAUUAGCACAAGCACAACAAAUGGGAUUACUUUCCACUAAUAAAGUCCCACAUAUUUUACCCUCUUCACCACAGAAACAAGUGAGUAUUAAAAAAAAAGGAAUAAUUGUAAAUAAAUUAGUGCAAUCAUCAAGUUCUCAACCUUCUAAAAUGACUAUAGUUCCAAGUAAUACAAUAAAAUCACCUACAAAAAUAUUACCAGCUCCUACAAUGAAUACACAAAUUAAAUCUUCAACAAUUUCAAAUCAGCAGUCAUUUUCUUCUUCUAAUAAAUCAUCUGUGCAACAAAGUCCUCAAAAAGUGAUUAUAAGACAGAGUUCUUUAAAACCUGGAACUGUUCUUGGAAGUGGACAAGUUAUUAGAAUACCUGCUAAUCAAAAUAUUGUAACUGGAUCUAAUCAAGUACAUCAGAUACAGAUGCCUGGAAGACAAGUGCAAUAUGUAAGAUUAGUUAGUACUCCAUCAUCGGGAACUACGAAUGUUGUUACUGUAGGUAAAACAAAAUCACAAACAACUUUACAAACAGUUGGAGUUGGUCAAAAAAUAGGAGCUCAACAACAAAUUGUUAAGGUAGUUCCAUUAAAUACUAGUAAUCAAUCAUUAAGAACAGUUGCGCCUAAAGCAACAUUAACAGGAAGUGGUCAAAGGUUAUUAAUUCCGGCAACUGCAACAGUAGCUAAUCAAUCUAAAAAUGCAGUUGCUAUUCCGGCAUCUGCUUUAAGUCAAUUAGCAUCUGGACAAGCAGUUCUUUCAACUAAUUCAAAUGUAGGAAAUAUUGUAGUGUUACCAGCUCAAUAUAUUCAACAACAGUCAGCGGAUGACGUAAAAUUGAAAACUCAGCAAACAACAACCAAUUUAUUAAGUAAUUCACAAAAUUUACAGAGUUCAACAGGAACUUUAUCUGUAGGAUCUGUUAUAGAAAGUAAAAGUUCUCAAAGAUCAUAUACUAGUGUUGAACCAAAUGGUAUUAGACCAAGAAAACCAUGUAAUUGUACUAAAUCACAAUGUCUUAAAUUAUAUUGCGAUUGUUUUGCGAAUGGAGAAUUUUGUCAUAUGUGUAACUGUAAUAAUUGUUCUAAUAAUCUUGGAAAUGAAGAAGAAAGACAACGUGCUAUUAAGUCGUGUUUGGAACGUAAUCCAAAUGCUUUUCGUCCAAAAAUUGGCAAGGGUCGUGAAACUGGCGAUGAUAUACGUAGACAUAACAAAGGUUGUAAUUGUAAACGAAGUGGAUGUUUAAAAAAUUAUUGUGAAUGUUAUGAGGCUAAGAUUCCAUGCUCUGCUAAUUGUAAAUGUAUAGGAUGUCGUAAUGUAGAAGAACCAAAUCUAGAGAAAAAAUCUUUAAAAGAUCUAGGUGAAACAGCUGAAGUAAGAACUGCACAACUUACACUAAACAAGACAAAAUUACAAUUAUCAGAAAUGGCUUUCAGACCUCCUGCAACGUCGAAUACGGGUGCAAGGCAACCUUUUAAUUUUUUAACUGAUAAAGUAGUAGAAAUAACAUGCCAGUGUUUAAUGGCACAAGCUGAUGAAGCAGAACGUAAUAUGUUUGAUGAUGAAACAUCACAAAGACUUAUAAUUGAAGAAUUCGGUCGCUGCCUUAAGGAAAUUAUAGAAUCUGCACAUAAAGCUGAAGCUACCUAGCAGGUACAUUCUAAGAAAAAGUAUAAUGUUAAGAAUAUUCAAAUUUUGAAAACUUAUUCUGAAAUUACAAAAUUGGAAAUGUUAGUUGUUGGUACUUCUUAAUUUAAUAAAUAAAUUGGCCAUAACAUAAGUGUUACAUACCAAAGAUAAUGGUAAAGGGAAUUAAAAUAUAUUCAACCGUUUUCUUAUUUUGUAUCUUUAAUAAAUUAUAUUAAAUGAUUUUUUUUUAAAUAUAAAUUAAUUGUGAGCUUUGUAACUUUCAAAAUCAUGAUUUUAAUUUUUAUAAUGUGAUGCUAAGUUAUCUCUAAUUAAAAAUCUACCAUUAAAUUAUUUUUGUUUCUAUUGAUAAAAAGAAUUAAAAUUUGUUUUUUUUUAAUAAUAUAUAAUAUAUCAUUUAAAGAAAGACGGUUGAAAAUUAACAUUAGAACUUGUAACACAAGUGAAUAAGUUAUAAAAAAAUAUUUCUAUAUUUGUCAAUUAUAUAUAUUUUAAAAAUUGAUUUUAAUUUUGGAAAUCAAGAUAAGAGGCUAAAAUAAAAUAGUAAAAAUCAAAUGAAAUCUAUGAAUUAAAUGUUCCAUGUUUCGUAUUUGAAUUUCUAAUUAAUUAUUUUUAUUAUUAUAAAUAUUCAUAUAUUUUUAUUAAAAGAAAUGCAUGUAUUCAUAAAAUAUCGGGGAAUGGUGAUGUUUUAUGGAAUAUCGAGAAUACUCGAUUUUUUGAUCGAUAGGCAAUAUGAAUAAUAAGCUCAAAAUAUAUUUAAUGUAAUAGUUUAUAUUGCUUAAAAUUUUCAUAUUGUAUAUCGAUUUAAUAUUUGUCUUAAAGUAAAAAUGAUUCACUAUUUUUUCGGUAAUGCUAUUAUAGAAUAUUUCUGCGUAUAUUUUGCAUUAAAAGUUUGUAAAAACGAAACCUUAAAAAUUUAUAAAAAUGAUAAAUUUAUUUAUGAUAAAAAAGUUAACAUUAUUAAAAAUAAUUAAGAAACUUGUGUUCACAAAAAUAAGAAUUAUUCGAGUUAUUUCUAAAUGAUGUUGCAUUUUUACAAUUUUUUCUUUAUAAUUUUUGGUUUUUCAUUUGUAAUAUUAAUAGAUUUUUUUUUAAAAGUUGAAAAAUUCCUUUUCCAUUAUGUUUUUUUUAUGUACUUUAACGUAAGUUUAAAAAAAAAAAAUAUUAAAAGUUCGAAAAAUACAAGUUUCUUCACGUAAAUGUUUCGUAUAUUUUCUUAUUAGGUUUAUAACGAUAUUUAAUAUCGUAUAAUUUCAAAUAAUUAUAAAUUAAUCAGUUUUUCUUGUUACACUUGUUGCAAUAGAGUCAUUUAAUUUAAUUAUUAUAUGUAAUUUAGUUUAUGGAAUUAUUUAAAUAAUUAUGAUAGCAAAUGAUAUUGCAGUGAAUGAAAAUUAAUUAAGAAUACAAUUGUCUAAUAUAUAAAUUGAAAAUUUGAUUGGUACGAAUGAAUGAUUUUUCAUCAUGCAAUGAUCAUCAUUGCAGUAGUAAUAUUAUCUGUCUGCCAUUAGGGGUGAUAAAAGUGUAACUUUUAUGUAGAAAAUUAAUAUAAAAUAUAUAGAGAGUUUAUAUAUUAUAUUAUAUAUAAAACUUGUAUAAGAACAAAUGUAAUAUAGAAAUACAAAUAUAAAUAUAUAUUAUAUAUUCAUAAAAUUCGUACUUCAAAUGACAAUGUUUAUUUUAAGUAUAUAAAAUUGUACAGACUUAUAAUUUAAUAUUAUGUGAAUUAAAAUAUAAUUUUGGGUCAUCUCUUAGAUGUCUCAAAAAACUACAAUAGAGAAAAAUUAUUCAUACAUUUCUACUUGUUACAUGUCAUUUGUAUAACAAAUCAAAUAUAAAAAUAUUAAUUAAACUAAUAUUAAAAAUUUUACAAAAAUGUGUAUGUAUAAGAAAGUACUAUGUACAGAUAAUAUUCAUAUAUUUAAAUAUAUCAUUAUAAUUUGUCUCUGUACAUAGGAAAAAAUCUGAUAUCAUAAAAAUUAUUAAAUAAUUUAUUAUUUUUAAUUUAGAAAAAAUUAUUUAAUUAUGUUCAAAUUAACUAAAUAUGUAAAAAAUUACAAUUAAUAUGUAAAAAGUUUUAAUUCAGUUAUGAAUUCGAGUAGAAUGUAAAUAGGCAAUAAAUUAUAAUAAUAAUUAUAUCUUGUUUGAUAUCAGAUUUUUGAAGUGAUUUAAUCAACAUUAAAGUGUAUGUAUGAAGAAAAUGUAUGUAUAUACAUGUCAAACACAUAUAACUUUCAAUAAAUCUUAUGUUUACAUUGCAAAUAAAUAAU